ACCAGCUCAGCCGUCACCGCCUCGUCCUGUGGGUCAGUAAACGAGAUGAUGAGACCAGUAUUGCUACUUCUGGCCGCUGCGGCGGUCGCCAGCGCGUAUUCAGCGGAGUCUGGCGAGUUGGCAUCUGAAGAGUACUGGCAAACCACCACGCUGAUGCCAUGUCCCAGAGUGUGUACCAAGGAAUACAUACCUGUCUGUGCCGAGGACAAGAGGGGUCACCUCUACAGAUUCGACAACAACUGCUUAAUGCGCAUGUGUGGCUGUAGAAUGCGGCUGCGGCAGGUGGCCCUGGAGCGCUGCCCGUCUGACGCGCCCGGCUGUCCCCUGGCGGAGGCACUCCAGCAGGAGCCGGUGGUACUCGACAACGACGACAGCUCGGACGAGUCGCAGUCUGAUUCUUCUGCUGAUUCCAUGAAAGCCACCCACCUGCGGAAAAAUGCUGUGCGACGUGAACGUGAAUUUUAUUAGACACAAUCGAAGUUUUGCCUUGUCUUCCACUUAAUAAAUAUUUUCGCAAUAAAUAGCAACUUCUGUAAAAGAUCAGUAUACGAAAGACAAAUAUACUAAAUUUAUAGGAAGAAACGCUAAGUUUUAUUUCACAUAUCACCUUCAUUGAACUACAGUUAGGCUGAAUCAAGACGGGUAUGCAAUAAAAAGUAUGAUUUCUGCUCCUUGUAAUUAAUUUGCUUAGCGCAUGAAGUCUGUAUGGAAAUAUCACGAAACGCUUCCUUUUAAUCAAACUGAUCAGAAGUUUCAGUCGGUAAUAUUAGCACAGGGAUUCACUACUAUGUCGUGGGUUGCAUUCCACAAUUGCUUUUACACGUCACUGAGGCUGCAGAGCGUACUUAAUGAAGUUUUACACACGCUGACACACGGCUAACGUUUCUCUCACACUAACAUCUCAAAAUUGAGAAAUACACACUUCCUCGUCCUUCCUUGCUUAAAAUGAAAAUUUAGUGUAUAGUUGACAAGGGCUGCAAAAUAAACGUUUACAAGAAUUUCAUAUACUUAAACAUGGCUACCUAAAUUCGAAAGAUUGUUUGCACUUAUAUAACCCAUUUUGAUUUUAUAGCCUCCUAUAAAAUGUGAAUACCAGCUCAUUCCCUUUAUGUAUUAGAACUGUGUGGCAUGUUCUACAAAUGUAUUCUAUACAGCUUCCUGUGUAACAUAGCUAUAUUUUAUGUGGUUUUAUAUGUGUUCCUUGCUGUUGACAAAACAGCUUUACGUGUACAUAGGUAUAAUUUAUUUAAUGUAAAUUUUUAGUCUAUCAAUCUGUGUUUACAAUAAUUACAUACAACAUGUAUAGUUUUGGUCAUGCCAUGGUGGCAUUAUCUUUCCGUGAAUAAGGUACUGACAUCUGCUACAUUAAUACUAUGUAAGUUUCUGUAACAGACUUCUUAUAUUUUACCUAACAGUAUGGCCAAAGUCUAAUGAUUUAUAAUACCCCUAAUUCUGUACGAUUCUGAAGCUCAGAAAUUAAUUUGUAGGAACUGGUAAAGUGAAAUAAAAAUGUCUGAGUAACUGUCA